CCCCUACUCGUCCGCAUGGUUUCUCCCACCCAGAAGCCCUUGGUGUUCAUCCAAAAUGGCGGCGUCCAGGAUGCAUGUAUGGCACAAAUUACACAAAAAAUGCAGAGUUUUACUCACCAAUCUUGAACUGCUGCGGGGUAAAAGGACUUUUGUUGGGAUUUCAGCUGUGCGCCUACAAGCUGUUGAUGCUACUAAAAGUGGAACAGCAUGUACAGAGCAGAUUGUCAUCCCCAGAAAGAAAGUAUGGAGCAAAGAGGCAGUGUUGGAGACUUUGGCUUCCACUGUCCGCAGGGAUCCUACAGCGUAUCCCUACCAGUUCCAGGAUGAUCCCUACCUUUCGCCCAAGAAUGUUGCUGAGUUUAAUUUAUACUCUCUCUCUCAGGAGUCUGGUAAAUCUGCAGCUAAAUACUUCAUCAACAGUUUCCCGAAGUUUUUCACCAAAGAUUUUGCUGAACCACAUAUACCUUGUCUGAUGCCAGAUACUAUAGCACUGCACCUUGACGAGGUGAGCGAAGCGGCGCUGAAAGAAAGGAUUAGCUUGAGAAAAGUCAAGGAUGCUGUUGACAUGUACGAUCAACUCCUACAAGCCGGGACAUCCGUGUCCAUGGAGACGACCCAUGACCUCUUGGACCUGAUCUGUCUUUUUUGUGACAAAGACCCUGUCGAGGAGGAGGGGACACAGACAGAAUACAAUGAGGCUAUGAAGUCGGGGUUGGAGGUGAGGAAGAAGAGAGGGAGGUUUCAUCAGUCGUCAGAAUUCCCAAAGCUGAUCUGGAGAGACCAGAACAACGCGGAGAGAAUAUUCAACAUGUUGCCAGAGAAAGACACCCGAUGUUACUCUGCUCUCAUCAGAGGCAUGGUAAAGCAUGGAGCCUAUACCAAGGCCUUCAGCAUGUACACAGACCUGCUUAACAACCGACUGACAGCUGACGUCCACAUUUUCAACGCUCUGCUCUCAGCAGCUCCAGAAGUCAGAGAAAAAUACAUGGAAAAAUGGGACCUCAUCACUGAGAUUUUAAAUCAAAUGAGGCAACAGAAAGUCCAGCCCAACCUGCAGACCUUUAACAGUAUUCUCAAAGCCCUGAGACGUUGUGGCUUUUUAGCCCAAACGUUGGUUCUGCAGACGCUGCGUGAGAUGAAGUCGCUGCGGAUCGUUCCCAGUCUGGCCUCCUUCCACCAUGUGGUGGCUGUAUUUUACAAACCAGGCAUGUCUGUCAGAAUCAUAAACAACAUUUUGCAGGAAAUUCUGUCAGACAUGGCAGGAAAAAGAUUCACCUGUCAGGACCCUGAUGAUGUUUUAUUCUUCUCCAAUGUGAUGAGAAUUUGUUUGGACAGUAAAGAUCUGGAGCUGGCCUAUGAAGUUCAACGCCUGGUGGAGGUCGGGGAGAACUGGAGGCUUCUGGGCAAUUCCUACCUACAAAAACUUUACUACAGCCGCUUUUUCAACCUUUUGUGUAUGAUGGAGCACAUUGACGAGGUGCUGAAGUGGUACAGAGAGUUCAUUCCCUCGUUGUUCUACCCAAGGUACGAGAAUAUGAUAGCCUUGCUGCAGGCUUUGGACACGGACAAUCGUUUGGACAUGCUGCCUACUAUAUGGAAAGAUAUUCGGACUUUGGGUCAAGAUAAUAAAUUGGAGCUGAUCAUGGAGCUUCUCGCCUUGAUGGCCAGAGACAAACACAGUCCUGAGGUCCAAGAGUCUUUUGCUGCUUGUGCCCUGGACGUGAAGAGUGUCUUCGUUGGAAACAACAAAAACAGGUUCAAUCUGGAGUGGAGCAGCCCCACUCUUGCACAUAUUACCUCCCUGCUGCUGCGAGCCAACAAGAUUCAAGAGGCUUGGGAAAUGAUGCAGCUCUUCAAAGCAAAUAACAGAGUUCCUUCUAAUGAGCUGUUUGAAGACUUCCUGUCUGUGUGCCGGCAAGAUGGUUCUGCCCACAGAGCCGUCGAGCUUGUCCAGCUGUCAGCAGCCUUCUGUCUGCAGGCAACACCAAGUCUGGCCAAGCGGACACUGGCUGACUUUGAUUUGAAGGAGGAGCAAAGGAUCAUAUUGUCUGAGCUUGAGACUGUCGCACAGCUUGCAGACUGAAAGAGACGUUCUAAUAUUGAGAAAGCUGAACAGUUCAGGUGAACAUAUGACAUAUUUAGGACCAGUGUACCUGUUUGUGUGUAAUAAAAUACACAAUGUGACAAAACUCAAUCUAUAAAAGAAAACUUACUUGUAGAUAAGCAGAAGAUGCAUUUGUGUGUUUGUCCUCUGGAGGCUGCAAAUUAUCAGCAAAUGACUACCUUACUGCUGUAUCUUAAAGGGUAGCUGCACUUUUUUUUUUUUUUUUUGCUUAUGAUACAAGCACCAAAAAGUUUUUCUUUUUUUGUGCAUUCUAACUCGUAAAUAAGCACUAGCAAAAGUCUGCUAACAAUAGAGGUAAUGGGAUUUGUACUAUUCUGCCUAUUCAGUGCUCUAAAAAACAUCCAAAAACUUUUGUCAACAUUUUAUAUACACACUGUAAGUACCGGUAUAUAUGUAAUGUAGUAACUGGCUCUUUCAUAAUAACAUGUAAUAUACGUAUUCUGGUCAUUUUAAGCAUACAGCAGCGUAUUAUUUGACAGACGCAUCACAACGUUCGCUAUUUACUUCAACAACAGCUACUACUACUACUAAUCAUGGUAGACUUCAUGAGAGACAACAUUGACCACUUUGGGAGAAAUGAGGAUCCAGAUCCUUAUAGUUUUUGGCAUGAAUAUAAAUAGGAUAAUAUACAAGUUUUAGAAGCUGUGUGCUAAGCAGAUCCAGCUUUGGGGAAACACUAAGCAUCAUGUAGCACUAUUGCUAAGUUCUAAGCAAGAUGUACAAACUACAAACAUAAUAAAACAAUCACUUACAGUACAAUGUCCUCUCGCAUUGGCAUGCCGACUGAUGGGAUGUUCAUAUCUUCCCGUUUAUAUAAUUCUCACGUGGGGGAAAAAACAAGCAUUUUUUUGUGUCUUUUUCAUUAUCUCCGAGUACAAGUUGGAUGUAAAAGUUGAACAACUUCUCGUAUUAUGUCCACAACUUUUACUAUUCAGGUGAGGUGCAUGAUCUAUCAGCUAGAAUUAACUUUUACAAACUCCAGCUGCUGCGAUGCUGUAACUGCUUAAGCUAGUUAUCUCUCUGUUAUCACGGCGCCACUAAAAUAAUUUGUCUGUGUUAGUGCUUUUAAUAACAAUAUAGCUAAUACUUGGUUAAUAUUCAGGUCACAACAUGUAAAUGGAGUAUUGUUGGUGGUGCGUUUUUUUUAAGAGUGCUUUAUGGGCGCUAGAGUACUCCCAUUAGCUGUAUUGUUAGCCACCUCGUACUUAACAUAUUUUUUUUACUUAGAAUGUAUAAUAAUAAGAAAAACAUAUGUGUUCUUGUCUUACAUAGGGAUUGUGAAUGAUAGACAAAAUUCCCCCAAAAAGUGCAGUUGUCUUUUAAAUAUGAAAAAAACAAGUGUCAUGAACAUUACUUUUCAUUGAAUAAUACAGCAGCACAUUGUCACACUGCAUAAAAACUGAACAUGUUGACAUAAUUUUCUCUUGGCGAUAACACUAACUUCCUGAAAAGAGUGAUUAGCUAUUUCCUGCAGAAUGUCAAACAUGUUUAAAAUGUUUAAAACGCAACAAGUGUGUUUGUUUCUCUUUUGUUUUUCAACUUCUAAAUGGCAAACCAACAAGGAGUCUUUCGAAUAAUCUGUGUAUCAUUCAUUCAUUUUUUUCCCCAUUUGAAAUCACCAGUAAAAGAAAAUGUAUAAGUUUUUUUCACAAUCACUGAAGUUUUUUUUUAAAGAUAAAUCGAAAAAUAAUAUUUUUCUAAUUUUACAUAUAUUAGUUUAAUCAAAUGUGGGGUAAAAAUGCAUACCAGGCAUACAAAUGUAAUUUUUUUUUGUAACAUUUGAAAUGCAGAGUUCACCCAGAAGUAGUUUAACGGGGAUUUGGGCUUGCAGAUAAAUAAACGUUAGAGAAGAAGACCGAGGCAAACCGGAAGCAGGCAUGUGCACAGUCAUUUUAGGGGACAGUUGCCCAAACCAGAAAAAAGAGCACCCAUUGCGAAAAUUAUACCUAAAAUAAUUGUGCAUUCUAAUUAGGAGUUAUUAUGACUAACAUAAAUCUCUACAAAGCUGACAACACAGUAAGCCUACACACAUUCUUAGUGCACAGGAAAAUUUACUAAUUCAGUGCGCCGCUACUAGUUUUGAAUACACUGAAUGAAUACAGGGUAGAAAAAAAAGACGUCCUCUCCUUUUUAGUGCGCAAACAAGCUAAAGAGUAUCUGAGUGCCCUCAGCGGUUAGGCUGGCUGAGGAUGUGCUUAUUUCUGUUUGUCAACAUGUUUGCAGGAACAUUUUUACACCAUGAUGUUCUACACUGUAGAAUCUACAGUCUGCAUAAUGUAUUUAAUGUAAUCAAGAAAUGUUAUUAUUGCUAAUUGGACUAAAAAAUUCUGCAAAAUCAUACUGCGAGGUGCUGUAAUACUCUGAGUCACCACAAAGAGGUGAAGUGUUCGUGAGCUAGCAGGUCACAAAAUGUAUAGUGAGUGUAUGGACAAUUAAAGGAGAGGCGCCAUGCUUGGUACCUAGAACGUGUGCGGUUGUGCCCGGAAGCAUGCAAUUCUGUCAUUCUGAUGUUAGUUUUCCUAAUGAAAUAAACCAAAAUGAUAAGUCUAAAUAUAGUAUGAAUAUACUACAGCUCAUGAACUUACAAUAAAACAUGCUUUUAUUUAAUCUAAGUAGUAUAUACAACAAUCAUUUUGGGGAAAUUUUGCAGCUGUUUUUGAUGCACUCUACCGCUGCAUUCAUGCAGUGUUUAGUGACCAGUGGCUCUCUGAGACCUUUUCGCCGGUAAAAUAAAUGUAUGUCAGAAAUCACACUACGACCAAAUAUUAACGUAUUAACCUCCUUUUGCCAAAAUCCUCAUUAGUUUUGAACCAUCACUUACGGAGAAAUUCUGACUUUUGGGCAUAUAUGUAGUAUGUAUGCUUGCUUACCUCGCACAAGAAACCGUUAUUAGCUCUCCAGCGAUCGCGGCGAACCUUCCCUUCCCAUAUUUUUCUCCUUGUUGGGUUGCGGGAAAUGUAUGUGAUUGCUUCCCACAUUUUCUGUGAGUGGCGCAUCCCCACAACAGCGCAUGUUUAUACGGCAAACACUCUUCAAUUAAAAAUAAAUGUAUAAUGACGAAGUGUAGUGUCGCUUGGCUGUGGCUUCAAACUGGCCCUUUGACCAAUCAUUGAAGAGUUUGCUUGAAACCGGAUUGUCCAUACUCUCUUUAUACACAACUCUGAGCAGGUGCCUGUUGCUACAUUCUCCUUUUGGACAAGAAUAAAAUCCUCAGUCUGCAGAAAAAAGUUUUUUUUACCCAAAACAGGUUUUUUUUUUCAUAUUCUGACACUGGAACCAGAAGUUGCUAUUUAAAGACUGAUCUGUAAAAAGUUCAAGUUAAAGUACCACUGAUAGUCACACACGCACACAGUAGGUGUGGUGAAAUUACUCUCUGCAUUUGACCCAUCCCCUUGUUCCACCCCCUGGGAGGUGAUGGGGGGAGUGAACAGCAGCGGUGGCCGCGCUCGGGAAUCAUUUUGGUGAUUUAACCCAAGUAGAAAAAAAUUAUAUGUAAUAAUAAUAUGUAAAAUUAAAAAAAAUGUUUUGGUUAAAAUGGUCAUUUUGUUUUUGUUGUAUGAAUUAUAAAAUGAAAAUCUAACAUUUUUCUUUGUUAUUGCUCUUUGACACUAAAAAAAAGUAUAUUAAAAAUGUAAUUUAAAUAAACCAAUCAUCUUUUUCAAUUCCCAUUUACGGAAUGAAAAUUCAAUGACCGAGUUAAUGUGUUUUUUAUCAGUUCACUCAGUUUUCAGUUUGAUAGACGGAUGAUUAGACUUAGACUUAGACUUAGACAAACUUUAGUGAUCCACAAGGGAAAUUAUUCAACACAGUAGCUCAGUUACAAUGAUGGAAAGUGUAAGGAUGGAAAGGACAAUGCAGGUAUAAAUAGACUAAUAUAGCGAUAAAAAAUCUAACAUGUAUACUAAUAUAUACAUAAUAUGUGUACAGUAUAUUAUAUAUACAGAUAUAUUAUGUCUAUAACCUAUAUACAAUAUAUACCAAUGACCAUGUACAAUAUUACAGUAUAUACAGUAUAUGUGACAGCAGCAGCAUAAAACAGAGAGUUAAUUAAUGAAAAAAAUAGGAGAUGUUAAUUUUUUCAGUCUUUGUUUAAAAAAAAUUUCAGUGAAAAUGUGACAUCUUUUGUUUUGGGAGUGUGGAAAAACAAAGACACACAUACUGCCAGUGACACUUUUGAGUUGCACAGCAAAAAUGCAUUGCAACGUGCAGCAAAGACUGUUUAAGUCUAUUUGAACUCCUACCACCAUUAGGAGCACUUAGCCUGUCCACCUGGCUACCAUCUCAUGGAGAAGGUUAGGGCAGGAUUUUUCCAUCCAUCCUUUUUCUACCGCUUGUCCAUUUCGGGGUCGCGGGGGGUGCUGGAUCCGGACACCCUGGACAAGUCGCCACCUUUUUAUUUAUUCUCCAUGAUGAGACUGAGUCCAUGUUUCCUUUUUUUCCCCCUCAACAAUGCAAAUUCAAAGUUGUGGCACUUAUUAGCACUACUGUAAAUCCUGUCUGAUUCCAAUCAAAUGCAAGUCAUCAGUAUAAGGUAAUACACCAACUUAUAUUCUUGUCUUCAUGAAAGAAGGGAAUCUAUAUGAGUUAAACAUGCUUGUAUUUUUAUUAAACACCUUUAACUU